UCGAUUCGGUCGUUCACAAAAUACCAUGCAAAAUACCGAAAACUCCAAUUUUUCUCGUGAAAUCGGGGAAAUAUAAAGUUUUCCGAUUAAUUCGAUCCGAAAACCGAUCUGAUAUCAAUUCAGUGAUAAAGAUUAGUAUAAUAAGCCUAGAGGUGAAUCGUUAAAACCCAACAGUCGUCAUAGUAUAGCAGUUAAACAAAAGUGCAACGUGUGAUUUCGAACUCGUCACGCAAAACGCGUAAAACCAUGCUUCUGAACACUGGAAUAUUGAUAGGAAGCACAUCGAAAGAUGAUUCGAGUUCAAGUGACGACGACGAUAUCAGCAUAAGCAGUCUCAGUAGUCAAGAUACUCACAUGAUGAGUGAGAAUGAAAAUGAGGACAAUGAUUCCGACAAUGAUUCGGAUAGUAAUUCAGACAUAGUUUUAAAUGAAGAAGAUGAGGAUGACGAAGUCGUGAAGGCAAUUAUCAAAUCAAAAGAAAAGCACAGACAUCAUCCUCCAACGAUAAAUUUAGAAGAUACAGCAAUGGAUAUUUGCUUCCAUCCUAACAGAGACUUAAUCGCCUUGGCAAUGAUCUCAGGAGAUGUACUUUUAUACAAAUACAAUAAUGAGGAAACAGAACUUUUAUCCACAAUUGAAAUGCAUGUGAAAUCCUGUCGCGAUGUAGAAUUCAGUGCCGAUGGCAGUACCCUUUUUUCCACAGCAAAAGAUAAAUCGAUUAUGCUCAUGGAUGUCGAGAGCGAGAAACUUACAAGAUUAUACGAUGAGGCGCACGAAUGUCCCAUUUUCACUCUGACGAUCAUAAACGAAAACACUUUCGCCACAGGAGACGACGACGGAGUCGUAAAACUCUGGGAUCUCCGACAACCAGGAACCCAACCAAUUUUUUCAUUGAAAGAAAUGGAGGAGUAUGUGAGUGCUAUGGUAACAAACAGUGAUGGAAAAUAUUUAGUUUGUGCAAGUGGUGAUGGCUCGCUCACAACUAUAAAUAUCCCCGGAAAAAAGAUGCAUGUACAGUCCGAAGAAUACGACGAAGAAAUGACUUGCCUUGGUCUUUUUAAAUCUGAAACGAAAAUUUUGAGUGCGACCAACAAAGGAAAAAUGUACCUCUUUAAUUGGGGCGAAUUCGGUCUUCAUUCAGACGAACUCCCAAGUCUGACGAAGAAGUCGAUUAAUUGUAUGAUUCCGAUCACCGAAAAUGUGGUCGUCACUGGAGGCGAAGACGGAAUUUUAAGGGCCACAAAUCUCUUUCCAAAUCGUCACUUGGGAGUUGUUGGCCAGCACAAUUUCCCAGUCGAGAGGCUGGACAUCAGCAAUGACGGAACUUUAAUCGCAUCCUCGUCGUACGAAAACGACGUUAAAUUCUGGAAUGUCCAGUACUUUGAGGACUUGGACGCAUCGUUCAAAAUAAAAGGUGGCAAACAAAAACAAGUGAAACAUCACCUCCCGAGUAGCAAAUUCAACAACGCGUCCGACUUUUUCGCCGAUUUGUAAAAUUAAGUGAUGAAAAACUAGCUGGAUAACUAGUUUGUAAAAUAGAGGCACUACCUCCUUUUCUAUUGUUUAAUUUCUAAUUACUAUUAUAAUUAAUUCUUAAUUAUACGGCUUUACAGUUAGAGGUACCAAUAAUAAAUUUGAUACUAUUUAACGUUUAC